AUGGGCUGCUGGUCGAUGGGCUGCUGGUCAAUGGGCUGUUGGUUGCUGGUCGAUGGGCUGCUGGUCGAUGGGCUGCUGGUCGAUGGGCUGUUGGUCGAUGGGCUGUUGGUCGAUGGGCUGUUGGUUGAUGGGCUGUUGGUCGAUGGGCUGCUGGUCGAUGGGCUGUUGGUCGAUGGGCUGCUGGUCGAUGGGCUGCUGGUCAAUGGGCUGUUGGUGCUGGUCGAUGGGCUGCUGGUCGAUGGGCUGCUGGUCAAUGGGCUGUUGGUUGCUGGUCGAUGGGGCUGCUGGUCGAUGGGCUGCUGGUCGAUGGGCUGUUGGUCGAUGGGCUGCUGGUCGAUGGGCUGUUGGUCGAUGGGCUGUUGGUCGAUGGGCUGUUGGUCGAUGGGCUGUUGGUCGAUGGGCUGUUGGUCGAUGGGCUGUUGGUUGAUGGCUGUUGGUCGAUGGGUGCUGGUCGAUGGGCUGUUGGUCGAUGGGCUGUUGGUCGAUGGGCUGCUGGUCGAUGGGCUGCUGGUCAAUGGGCUGUUGGUUGCUGGUCGAUGGGCUGCUGGUCGAUGGGCUGCUGGUCAAUGGGCUGUUGGUUGCUGGUCGAUGGGCUGCUGGUCGAUGGGCUGCUGGUCAAUGGGCUGUUGGUUGCUGGUCGAUGGGCUGCUGGUCGAUGGGCUGCUGGUCGAUGGGCUGUUGGUCGAUGGGCUGCUGGUCGAUGGGCUGUUGGUCGAUGGGCUGCUGGUCGAUGGGCUGCUGGUCGAUGGGCUGUUGGUCGACCGAUAUUUCUUUAGUCGAGGAGUAGCAAAAAAAUAAAUAAUUACGGUGGACGAGACACCUGUCUGAUUGGAGCCUGUCUGAUUGGAGCCUGGCUGAGUGGACUGAUCCAUUGUGGAGGCCGUUGGGACACCUGUCUGAUUGGAGCCUGUCUGAGUGGACUGAUCCAUUGUGGAGGCCGUUGGGACACCUGUCUGAUUGGAGCCUGUCUGAGUGGACUGAUCCAUUGUGGAGGCCGUUGGGACACCUGUCUGAUUGGAGCCUGUCUGAGUGGACUGAUCCAUUGUGGAGGCCGUGGGGACACCUGUCUGAUUGGAGCCUGUCUGAGUGGACUGAUCCAUUGUGGAGGCCGUGGGGACACCUGUCUGAUUGGAGCCUGUCUGAGUGGACUGAUCCAUUGUGGAGGCCGUUGGGACACCUGUCUGAUUGGAGCCUGUCUGAGUGGACUGAUCCAUUGUGGAGGCCGUUGGGACACCUGUCUGAUUGGAGCCUGUCUGAGUGGACUGAUCCAUUGUGGAGGCCGUUGGGACACCUGUCUGAUUGGAGCCUGUCUGAGUGGACUGAUCCAUUGUGGAGGCCGUUGGGACACCUGUCUGAUUGGAGCCUGUCUGAGUGGACUGAUCCAUUGUGGAGGCCGUGGGGACACCUGUCUGAUUGGAGCCUGUCUGAGUGGACUGAUCCAUUGUGGAGGCCGUUGUGACACCUGUCUGAUUGGAGCCUGUCUGAGUGGACUGAUCCAUUGUGGAGGCCGUUGGGACACCUGUCUGAUUGGAGCCUGUCUGAGUGGACUGAUCCAUUGUGGAGGCCGUUGGGACACCUGUCUGAUUGGAGCCUGUCUGAGUGGACUGAUCCAUUGUGGAGGCCGUGGGGACACCUGUCUGAUUGGAGCCUGUCUGAGUGGACUGAUCCAUUGUGGAGGCCGUGGGGAUGGCACAGUCCAUCAGUCUAAGACAAGUGUUACUGAAAUUGUAUAUGGUUAUAUUAUGUAAGAACAAUGGUGCAACACUAAUACAAAUUAUAUUAUCUUAUAGCAAAUGCGCUUUCUCCCACGUUGGAUAGUGGUCGCUGUCCGCGGUUCUGAAACACAUCAGUGUGCUUUUGAAUUGCCGCCUUUUCCUAGACCAUGUUGCUAUGUGCAUAAUAGCAAAGUUAACCAGCAUAUUGGUGUUGAGAACAAAGCGGGGGAGGCAGCAGCGGAGGAAGGAGAUGAGGAAACAGCCCUUGCCUUAAUUGUCUAAGAAAAGUGAGGCGAGAGGAAACCCCAACUUAAUUAGGUCUAUAAUCAAUAGUCAUUUUUUCUUGAUCUCUUAUUGUUAUUACUAUUAUGAUCAUUAUAAUAAUAAGUCAUGUCAUUAUCAUUAGUAGGCUUAGUAUAGCAGCCUUGUAUAACCACCAUGGAGCUGUAGGCCUAAGAGCGCAUCCUGUUUAGUCUUAAUACCGUAACAUACUGGGGAAGGGUACCAAAACAUUUCUGCAGCAUUGAAGGUCCCUAAGAACACAGUGGGCUCCAUCAUUCUUAAAUGGAAGAAGUUUGGAACCACCAAGACUCUUCCUAGAGCUGGCUGCCCGGCCAAACUGAGCAAUCUGGGGAGAAGGGCCUUGGUCAGGGAGAUGACCAAGAACCCAAUGGUCACGCUGACAGAGCUCCAGAGUUCCUCUGUGGAGAUGGGAGAAACUUCCAGAAGGACAACCAUCUCUGCAGCACUCCACCAAUCGGGCCUUUAUGGUAGAGUGGCCAGAUGGAAGCCUGCUUGGAGUUUGCCAAAAGGCACCUAAAGGACUCUGACAAUGAGAAACAAUAUUCUCUGGUCUGAUGAAACGAAGAUAGAACUCUUUGGCCUGAAUGCCAAGCAUCACGUCUGGAGGAAACCUGGCACCAUCCCUACGGUGAAGCAUGGUGGUGGCAGUAUCAUGCUGUGGGGAUGUUUUUCAGUGGCUAGUCAGGAUUGAGGCAAACAUGAACGGAGCAAUGUACAGAGAUCCUUGAAGAAAACCUACUCCAGAGCGCUCAGGACCUCAGACUGGGGUGAAGGUUCACCUUCCAACAGGACAACGACCCUAAGCACACAGCCAAGACAACGCAGGAGUGGCUUCGGAACAAACAUAAAAAAAUAAAAAUACAACUGUUUUUGCUUUGUCAUUAUGGGGUAUUAUUAUGGGGUAUUGUGUGUAGAUUGAGGAUAACCCCCACAAUUUAAUCAAUUUUAGAAUAAGGCUGGAAGGAAUAAGGCUGGAAGGAAUAAGGCUGGAACGUAACAAAAUGUGGAAAAAGGAAAGGCCCUGAGGCCUUAUAGUAAGACAGUAAAACACCAGGAAAUCAGCUCAGUGAUUUUAAUUGUGGAAAUCUGUUCCCAAGUAUUCCUAUGUGAUCGUAUGCAAAUGUAGGCAAGGUUUGAUAUUAAAAUAUAAUCAAAUAUCUGUUUGCGCUUCUUGCGGUCAAUUUGCAGUCUACAAAUUAUUUGUAAUUAUGUUCUGUCCCCCCGACCAGCCACGGCUGGAUCUAGUUGAUGAUCCCUGCUAUAGACGGACCAUAUAGAACUGGACCAUACAGUUAAAUAUAUUCUGUUUAAUGUACUGUCUUUCCCUAUACAGAAGGUCCAUAUGGUAUAUUUGCGGGCCGGGAUGCAUCGAGGGGUCUGGCCACCUUUUGUCUGGAGAAAGAUGCCCUGAGGGAGGAGUACGAUGACCUGUCAGACCUCAACGCUGUUCAGAUGGAGUCCGUCAGAGAGUGGGAGAUGCAGUUCAUGGGUAAGAUAUGGAUAUGGAGGAUACAGGGCCUAAAACACCCGCCAAAUGUGGGUCGAUUUUGGCGUUGGCGGCUAAGAAUGUCUAAUUCACCAGCCACGUUGGCAGGUAGUCACACUCAGGCCUCUACAGUGCGAGCAUUUCAUAAAAAUAGUAAAAAAUUCAAGUAUGGCACAUGGAGUUGUGAUUUAUAGCAAAAUAAAUGCUGCAGUAGCUGUUUUCAAAGUAUUUCUGGCGUUUUGUUUCAUGCUGGUAAUGGACAAAGAAAUCUGAAUCCUAACAUUAUAGCUAUCCCACCUCACACAGCAACACUGUCUGGCUGGCGGCUGUGUGCACUGGAUGUAGUGCUGCUGAAAGAUUUAUUUGAGAAGCAAUGUGCACAGGCAUAAAAUAGUCUAAUUUACUCCAAUGUCUACGAAAGUGAGACUUUGUCCUCAUGUUUUUUGGCUAUUUAUACAUUGUUUUGUUCACAAGCUAGGUUGCUUUUCAAUGUUUGAGUUUGCUUCCACUGCUAGCAAAGAGACAUCAUCGGCUCUACUAGUGAGAUUCUCACAGGCACACAUGAUGACAGGAGUGGCCCCGUUACCAAGGUAACCUUAAAGGGCCAGCUGAACGUUUUUGUCUCAUCUAUGAUAUUUUGCUUAAAGGACUCAGGUCACAGAGUAUUACAUUAAAUUGAGCAAUGUACCACAUUACUUUGUUUUAGGCCCUGGUAGGAUAUAUGUUGGUGCUCGAUUUAGAGUGCAGUUUGAUUUGACCCCUGUGAUCUCUCAUUACAGAAAAAUAUGAUUAUGUUGGUCGGCUGUUAAAGCCAGGGGAUGAGCCGUCAGAAUACACAGAUGAGGAGGACAUCAAGGACCACCUGAAACAUGACUGAACUGUUGCCCUGUUCGGUUCUGUUCACACCACCAACCAAAGCCAGGACCCAAACAGCUGCCAGCGCCCUGAAACAUGACUGAACUGUUGCCCUGUUCAGUUCUGUUCACACCACCAACCAAAGCCAGGACCCAAACAGCUGACAGCACCUGCCUGUCCCCCCUCACCUCCCCUCCUCUUCCCCCCCAAGCCCCCUCCUCUUCCCCUGUUCUCCUUCUACUCCCUUGUUCUCCUCUUCUCCUCCUCUUCCCCUGUUCUCCUUCUACUCCCUUGUUCUCCUCUUCUCCUCCUCUUCCCCUGUUCUCCUUCUACUCCUUGUUCUCCUCUUCCCCUGCUCCUCCUCUGUUCUCCUUCUACUCCCUUGUUCUCCUCUUCUCCUCCUCUUCCCCUGUUCUCCUUCUACUCCCUUGUUCUCCUCCUCUUCCCGUUCUCCUCUACUCUCCCCUAUUUCUCCUCUUUGAAGCCCCCCCGCUCCCACCUAUUUCCUCUGAUUGGAUAGCCCAGUCC